GCCGACAGUACUGUAUAGUUAGUACUAAUUUUAUAACUAGCCAGUUAUUUUCACUACUACUAUGGAGAACAACAACAACAACAACAACAACAAGAAUGUUGUCGGUCAUGGUUACUCUUCACUGGAUUAUCUCUUUGGCCCCAAGGACUCCUCUAAUUCUGCUUCUUCCUCUUCCACUACUGGAUUGUUUGGCUCUAUUUUCCCACCACCCUCAACGGUACAUGGAAGAGAGAACAAGAGGCAUCUUGGAAAUCAACUCGGAAGUAGCAAGUACGAAAAACCAGAAAACAUGUACUCUCAAAGCAGGAAAGGUGAAAGCAGUGGCGUAACAAGCAAAGAUUCCAUUUAUCAAAAUGAAACAGUGGCUGAGCCCUGCUAUUUUAGUUCAUCGAUCUACUAUGGUGGCCAGGAAAAUUAUUCUCCAAGGACUAGGACCACUGAAUCUCAACAUAGUUUCAAGAAAGAUGGAAGCGAAGAUGAUCCAAAUGGAAAUAAUUCAAACAGUGCUUCAAGAGGAAAUUGGUGGCAGGGUUCACUCUAUUACUGACACCUAUCUGUAACACGUGAACUCACCACAGUAGCAAAGGUAGGAGUUCUGAUGCUACGAUAUAUCUACGACAAAAAAAACGUAUGUACGACAAUAAAAUGGUGAACUAGUAUAGCAACAGUAUAUUAAGCUUAGCUAGUAGAAGUUCUC